CUCAAGACCUCUGGAAGAGCAGUCAGUGCUCUUAACCACUGAGCCAUCUCUCCAGCCCUUCAACCUCUUUUUCAGGGAAGGAAACUAAGACGCCUUUUCCUCACUCACCAGCUGAGAAGUCUGUACUUGAUAUUUACUGUUCACUCAUGACAGUCUGCUGGGCACUGAGCACACUUUACUCCAAACAGGCACUGCCUUUAGAGAGCUUAAAGCUGGGAGAAACAGGCAGGCUAGUAAACAUAGCUGUUAAGUAAUACAGAGAUAAUGUGCCAGGCAAGACAAAUGUAUUAAAAUAGGACCUGAUCCAGGCAUAGUGGCACAUGCCUUUAACCCCAGCUCAGGCGGCAGAGGCUCUAAAGAUCAAACCAACCUCCUAUCCCUCACUCAGGAAUGAACGAAAACCACAGGAGUUGGAACAGUAAGGAAUGGCAGUAAGAGCACCGGGGAGGAAGAAGCUGGUGGACCUCUGUUCAAGGACAGCUGAUCUACACAGUGGGUUCAAGAGACCCAAGGACAGAUAGAUCCUGUCUCCAAACAUUCCAAAUUGAUUAUGGAAGAUUCCCACAAGAGUAACACGUCAGAGACUGCAUCUCAGCCUGGUUCAACCGUUGCGGGGCCUCACGUUUCUCAGAUAGUACAUCAGGUGUCAUCGCUAUCAGAAAGUGAGGAGUCUCAGGACUCAUCUGACAGCAUAGGCUCCUCACAGAAAGCUCACGGGAUCCUGGCCCGGCGCCCAUCCUACAGGAAAAUUUUGAAAGACCUCUCUUCUGAAGAUACACGGGGCAGAAAAGGGGAAGGAGAAAAUCCCAGCAUUUCCGCCAUCACGUCUAUGUCUGUUCCAGCCCCCAUCUAUCAGACGAGCAGCGGACAGUACAUUGCCAUUGCCCCAAACGGAGCCUUACAGUUGGCCAGUCCAAGCACGGAUGGAGUGCAGGCACUGCAGACAUUAACCAUGACAAAUUCAAGCAGCACUCAGCAGGGGACGAUCCUCCAGUAUGCACAGACCUCUGAUGGACAGCAGAUCCUCGUCCCGAGCAACCAGGUGGUUGUACAGACUGCAUCAGGAGAUAUGCAGACCUACCAGAUCCGUACCACACCGUCUGCCACGUCACUCCCGCAGACCGUGGUGAUGACUUCUCCUGUGACUCUUACAUCUCAGACAACAAAGACAGAUGACCCCCAACUAAGAAGAGAAAUACGACUGAUGAAAAACAGAGAAGCUGCCCGAGAGUGCCGCCGGAAGAAGAAGGAGUACGUGAAGUGCCUGGAGAACCGUGUUGCUGUUCUGGAAAAUCAAAAUAAAACUCUAAUAGAGGAGCUAAAGACUUUGAAGGACCUUUAUUCUCAUAAAAGUGUUUGAUUCUUUAAAGAGAAAGUAUUUUUUGUGGACUUAAAGCUUAAAAAUUAGGUGGAUUUCUUUUUAGUGGAGUUCUAUAAAUUCAAAGGUCAAAGAAGCUACUUUGUACUAGGUUUUCACAAACAGACAUGAUGGAGGGAGAACGGAGAUGACCUUCAGGAAGCUGCUGUCUCAGUUGGAAGCUCCGAAAAGAGUGCUCAAGGAAUGGACUUUCAGCAGUUUAAAUAGAAAUAAUGGUCAGCAACAAAAAUGGCAGGUGACAUUAGUGAAGCAGUCCGUUCCUGCUACGUCUGUAUUUCUCUGUUCCCUAAAACUUGCCUUUGUGUGUGUGCGAGUGUGUGUGUGUGUGUGCGUGCGUGUGUGUCAUUUCUGCCAAUAAAUUUACAAAUGUAAAAGCAUAAAGCGUUACUAAGUAUGUAAAUUAUGUGGUCUGAUUGUGUCGUAAUGUCAGGUGUGUUAAAUGAGUUUUUAGCAGUUAGUUUGGUUGGACUCGAUUGGUUUGGAGAUCUCCUAAAUGGCGUAGAGAUGCAUCAGCCUAUGGUGGAGAUGGUUUGUGACUUUGCUUUAUCAGAAUGGAAAGAGAGCUGUCUGCAAGUUUGACAGUUUAAUAGUUUGGUUUUUGCUUCCUCUGAUAAGGGCAAGUACAUAAUAGAUUGGUUUUGUUUUUUGUUUUUUGAUUCUCUAAUCCUGUGUGCAGUUGAAGAUCAUUCUCUUGUGCUUUAACAGAAUGAAGUGUUUACAAAGGCCCUCAAAUGUUUUAAAUAACCUGAAUAUGCACACCAAAGCUUUCCUGAGGGAUUUUAUAAUCAUCUUACCGUAAGGUUUGUCAGGUUCUAAAACAGUUACUGAGGCAAUCUUACAUUGAGACUAUUGUGUAAUGUAGCCCAUGGUACCUUUAUAAAAGAAGUGACUGCCGAUAUAUUUUUAUAGUGAAUCUUUAUAAAUUCUAAUGUUGAGUUUUUAAUGAUUAUUUUAAAUGUUUAUAUAGUUUGUUUAGCAAAAAAAAUUUGUAUCUCAAAGUAUCAUUUUUAUAUUAUGAGAAGAGUAAAGUUUUCAAAUUGGCUGAUAAUUGAAUUGUAUGUUUUAUAUAACGUUUUAUCUAAAGUUUCAGCUGUGGUCAGUACACCAGCAUUUAACCUCUGUAUUCUAAUCUGUGUACACUUGGAAACUGCAGAACUGUUGUGUGCCUACAGAGUAUGUUUCAUAUUGUCAGUGAAAUUAAAAAACAUUUGAUAAGAUCAA